AUGUUCUACAUAGAUCGACAGAACCUAGGAUUGUCCAACAGAAGACUUCUUCGGUCUCUUUACAAAUGGAAGGUCAUUGAUGCUACUUAUGCCAUAGUAUUGGCAAUCCUCGAUGGUACUAUCGUCCAUUGGGUGCAUCCAUACCAGAGACAGUUCACUAUUAAUGAUAUUACCAUCAGUCAUCCAUUUACUGAGCACGAGCGUAUUCCAGUUCCCCUAUUGCUUGAAUUGGUCGUCUUUGUGUCUCCUGUAGUAAUGACCAUCACUAACCGUCUAUUCACUCCUCCUGGUAAAAGAAUCUAUGUCUUUUAUAUCAGCUUCCUCGGAUUGAUAGUCUCUGUGACCACUUGCGACUUCAUGGUGGAUACUCUAAAGAAUUGGAUUGGCCGGUGUCGACCAGAUUUCCUUGCUAGAUGUAUCCCUGCAAAAGAUGCACUACCUGAUACUCUCUAUUAUGCAAAGGAGAUCUGUACAACUACUGAUAAGCCUCUUUUAUUGGACGGUUUCAGAACUACUCCAUCCGGCCAUGCGUCAAUUUCUUUUGCCUGCUUUGGUUACCUUACCAUGUGGAUGAUGGGUCAACUUCUAGGCUGCUCUUGCAAUUAUGUAGGUGCUUGGAGAUUUCUUGUUUCUUGCUUGCCAUCAUUAUUUGCCUCGUACGUGGCUUUCUCAAGGACCCAAGAUUAUCGUCAUCAUUUCGUCGAUGUCGUACUUGGUAGUUUGAUGGGUUGGCUUGUUGCCUGGUGGUCAUAUAGACGUUAUUUCCCUAGUGUCUUUCUUAGAUACUCUUACGUUCCUAGUAUUAUCUUGGAUACUGCAGAAAAGGGUCCCGAUGAUUAUAAAACUCAUGAUUUCUACAUGGAGCAGGAUUGGACUGAUAGCUGGCCAGGUCGAUCUGAUCUAGAGAGUCAGACUGGUCUACGAAGAGAUGCUAUCUAG